CAGGGACAUCCCACAGGGCACAGGGACCAGAGGAAUCUCUCCUGAGCUGCUGCUCCAUGUAGUGCACGAUGCCUUCCCGCUACCUGAGCUUCCGCUGCAGCGUGCCCUGGCUGAUCCUUGUGCUGCAGGCUCUGCUCCUCCUGCGCUCCUUCUUCGGCUUCCCACGUGUCAGUGACACCUACUCCCCGUCCAACCCCUACCCAGAAUUUCAAGAUGUCAACCACAUGGUGAUUUUUGGAUUUGGCUUCUUCCUGAUGGUUCUGAGAAGAUAUGGCUUUAGCAGCACCGGGUUCAACUUCCUGCUCGUUGUUCUGGGUGUCCAGUGCUCUGUGCUGGCAGAGGAUUUAUUAGUUUUCCUUAGGGGACAGCGAAAUGCACCUGGUUUGGAAAGCCUAGCAAAGGCUUUUGUGAGCGUGACUGCUGUGGUCAUCUCCACUGGGGCUGUCCUGGGCAGGGCCAAUCCUGUGCAGCUCAUUGUCAUGACCCUGGUGGAAUUAAUCUUCUUCUACGUGAGCAGAUACAUCAACGAGACAUUCCUGGAGGUCUCUCGGCACCUCACUGGGACGCACGUGUUCCUCUUUGGAGCCUACUUUGGCCUGGCACUCGCCUCCCGCUUCCCUGAGGCUCCCCCGGGGCUGGACAAGGACAGGAGCACCCCAAAGUCAGAGCUGUUCUCAGUGCUGGGCACUGUGUUUGUCUGGGUGUUCUGGCCGAGCUUCAAUUCCAUCCUGCCUUUACUCAAGAUGCGAGCAGUGCUCAACACUUACUUGGCCCUGGCAGUGAGUGCUGUGGCUGCCUUCAUGUUGUCUGCUCUGACCUCCAGGGAUGGCAAAUUCAGAAUGGCUCAGAUCCGCAGUGCAGUGCUGGCUGGAGGCGUCACCAUCAGCUGCACCACAGAGCGCAUCCACCACCCCUGGAUUGCCAUGGUCCUGGGGCUGCUGGCCACUGUCAUCACCAUCCUGGGCUCUCACUGUGUGCAGAGGUGCUUUAAUCCUGCCUUGAAGCUCCAGGAUACUUCUGGAGUUCAUUUCACUUUUGGGUUGCCUGCUGUGCUUGGAGCUGUGGCCGCUGUUGUGCUCACAGUUGUAGAAGAUGGGAUUGCCACGCGAUGGAAUGAUUUAUCCAGACUGGGUUAUGAUGCCUUUGUUUAUAUUGGUGCCUUCUGCCAGACCAUCAGCACUGCCCUGAUAACAGGAUUGAUUACAGGUUUGAUCUUAAACAUCAAACUGCUGAAAGCUGUGCAUGUCUCCAAGUACUUUGAUGACCAGUUUUACUGGGAGUUUCCCCACUUGUCUGUUGGAUUUUGAGUGGAGGAUCCCAGCUGACAGACAGGACCAAGAUAAGAUUUUCCCCUUUAUCACCAGAAAAACUGAACAGCUAUGGUGGGUUC